UAAUAUUACAGCUGCCUCCCUCCAGAUCUUACUAAACUAUCAUAUCUUAGGUGAUAUUUAAAUGCAUAUCCAUAUGUGGUAUGCAUAUCAUUCUCCUAUAGGCCCACCAUGUGGAUGCCUCCAGGGCAGAACCAAAGCUGGGUUUCUGAAUUUAUCCUGCUUGGCUUCUCCAGUGACCCCACGACCAACAGGACCCUCUUCAGUGCUUUCCUUCUUCUUUUCCUGAGCUCAGUCCUUGGCAAUGGGCUCAUCAUCACGCUGAUAUGCCUGGACACGCGUCUCCACACUCCCAUGUACUUCUUCCUCUGUAUCCUCUCCCUGCUGGAUAUGGGCUGUGUCACUACCACUGUGCCCCAGUUGCUGGUGCAUCUUCUUUCUCGAUCCCAGACCAUCUCCUUUGCUGGUUGUUGGCUACAAAUGUAUAUCUUUGGUGCCGUGGGCCUGACCGAGUGCAUUUUAUUUGUCGUCAUGGCCUUUGACCGGUACGUGGCCAUCUGCUAUCCACUGCGUUAUACUGUCAUCCUCAGCUGGGGCCUGUGCACACGACUGUCAGCUGGGACCUGGGCCUGUGGUUUCUUCUUCUCUCUGAUCCACACUUUUUUCACCAUGAGGCUGCCAUACUGUGGGCCCAACAUGGUCAACCACUACUUCUGUGAAGGCCCUUCAGUACGAAAUUUGGCUUGCAUGGAUACCCACAUCAUUGAAAUGGUGGACCUGGUCAUCAGUGUCUUCAUGGUUGUUGCCCCACUCUUGCUCAUUGUGGCCUCCUACAUCCGUAUUGCCCAGGCCAUUUUCAAGUUCAAGUCCAUGCAGGCCCGCUGCAAGACUUUCUCCACCUGUGCCUCCCACCUGACUGUGAUCACAUUCUUCUAUGCUCCAGCCACCUACCUCUACAUGAGGCCCAAUUCAAGCUAUUCCCCUGAGCAAGACAAGCAGAUCUCACUCUUUUAUAAUGUCUUCACUGCUCUGCUUAAUCCUGUGGUCUACAGUCUGAGGAAUAAGGACAUGAAAAGGGCUUUUCUCAAAGUGAUGGGGAGAUAGACUGGCCUGCUGAACUGAGAGACAGGAGGAGUCCGGGGUAAAGUGUUCAUUGAUGAAGAAAGGGACAGCAUCUAUAACAUAUGAAACCAACAUUAUACAAUAGAACCAACACAGUACUUGGUCAGUGGAACAAAUGUGGAACAUGAAACCACGGAUGGCUGUCUUGAUCAUCUUUCUACAUUGUGGUGCAGUUACAAACAACUCCAUAAUCUCAUGGGGUCACACAGUAAAAGUCCAUUUAUUUGUCAUGCUCCAGUCAGCUGUAAGUAGUCUGUGGCCUUCUGCCAUUGGAUUCUUGGAUCCGGCCUGAAGGAGGAGGCCCUAUCUGGAACACAUCAGACUUAUGAGAAAGAGAAAGGAACAAUGGCUGAAAUACAUGACGACUCUUAAAGCAUCUGCUCAGAAGUAACACACAUGUCAAUGGACAUGAGUUUGAGUAAACUCUGAGAGUGGGUGAUGGACAGGGAGGCCUGGUGUGUUGCAGUCCAUGUGGUCGCAAAGAGUUGGACACGACUGAGCGACUGAACUGAACUGAACGCACAUCUCUUUGCUGACAUCCUAUUGACCAAAGCAAGUCCUAUGUGUAGGCCUUCUGAAAAAAGGGCAGAAAGUAUUUUCUUCCCACAGAAAAGUAAUGCAAGUCAUGUGGCAUGGGGAUAGAUAUGUAUUCCCUCUACAGUGAGAGCAGCAAAUACUGUGGGUGAUAAUGUAAUCUACAACAGAGGCACUGGGACCAAUAGUACGCAUGUAACUAAUGUGAAACAUGGUACCCAAAAGUGGUGUGGUAUAUGGACAUAGUAGAACAUCAAGUAGUAGGCAAUCAUAGUGGUACAGGAAAAGAAUAAAUAUGUGCGACCAACUUUGAAAAUUAAGCCAAUGGUAUAUGGAGCCAAUGUAACCCAUGGACCUGGCCUGAUGCAUGGAAGCAAUAUGGUUUA